UGACACGACGCCAAUCAAUUGCAUCGAGUAGAGCAGCAAAGUAAAUAAAUUCUCCAAAAGCUUACACACAACAGAUCAGACAAAUUUGUGCGGUAUUUAUUUAUAAACCAACCACAAAGUGCAUUAAACAAAGAAAAACAGGCUGUGAAGCGGCUUUUGAACAAGAACACAGUUCCUCGUGUUUUUUUAUUUAGACCAAAGGAGAGCGAGAAAUUGUGCAAGUGAGGGACAAAGAGAGCGAGUGAGGUAUCUGUAUGAAAAAUAAUCCCCCCCCUCCUCUGCAUCCAAUCAGAAAUUAAAGCCACACGCUAGCUACGUACACAUAAAAAGUUAUCUCUGGCUGUGAACUAUUGGUGGCGUUGAUCUAUCCACAAACAACGAUUUUCGUCAACUUCCAAAGUCCAAGUGCGUGUGGACCAAGCCGCCGCUUCGCUUUGCUUCGAACCAAAUCCAACUACGUAGCUCAUUUCUCUUCAACAUGUCUCAACAACCUGUUGCUUUUUUAACCCGCAAAGAAACCUUCAGCGCUUGCCAUCGUCUACACAGCAAGCAUUUGAGUGAUGCCGAAAACCUUGAAAUAUACGGGAAAUGUAACAAUCCAAAUGGCCAUGGCCACAAUUAUACGGUUGAAGUAACCGUGCGUGGUCCCAUUGAUGCCCGAACUGGUAUGGUCAUGAAUAUAACCGAUCUAAAACUGGCCAUGGAUGGAGUUAUUUUCAAGCAAUUGGAUCACAAGAAUCUUGACAAAGACGUUGAAUUCUUUCAGAAUACGCCCAGCACAACAGAAAAUCUAACCGUUUUCAUCUGGGACAACGUCCGCCAGUCGCUCAAGCGUCCCGAACUAUUGUACGAAGUGAAAAUCUAUGAGACAGAUAAAAAUUCCGUUACCUAUCGUGGACCAUAUUUACAAAAUGGCCAAUAUUUGUUGAAUAAACGUUCGGCCAAGACAAGUUGUACAAAUAUUUCAUCCGACUCGGAUUAGUGGGGGAUUAUCGAAUCGACAUCGAAUGGAUAUUGAAACUACCACCAUCACAACAACAACAAGAAUAAGGGGUUUAUGCUUGACCUUGAUUUGACAUUGCUUUGUUGUUGAUAUUAUUAUUAAUAUUAUUAUUUUUUAUUUACAUAUUUUUUGCAAUUAUUACAGGAACUACAACAAAAAAAAAAAAACACCCACACACAUUAUUAAUAUUUUCAUUUUUUUAUAUUAUGUAUGUAUGCAAAGAUAUGCAUGUGAUUGUUAUAGAAUUACACUUAUGAUAUAUAGAUUGAUAUAUGUAUGUUUAUAUGUAAUAUUAAGAGAUUUAUAUGAUUGUACUAUUUUUUUCUGCAAAUAUUCCUACAAAACCCGCUACCAGGUUCAUAAAUAAACAACAGCAAUAUU